AUGAAAUUACAGAUAUCCUCAUUGUUAUUGGCUUCAUUGGCAUCAUCAACUUUGGCCGCGUAUAACCCACACUCACAGCACAAGCAUUGGUUGACUUCCCGCGCGGAUACUUCCGACGACGUAAGCAAAGUCAAUAACAAAGACUUUGAUUUCAUUGUCGUUGGUGGUGGUGUUGGUGGUUUAGCCGUUGCCGCUAGAAUCAGUGAGAAUGAAAACCUCACUGUGGCUGUAAUUGAAGCUGGUGGUGAUGGAUCUGAGCACGAAGAUCAGAUUUAUAUUCCAGGUUACUCCUACUUGAAUGGUUUAACAGUCUCUGAUUACGAUUGGAAUUACAAAGUCGUUCAACAACAAGUUAUCAACGGCAACGACCAGACCUUCGGUUCUAGAUGGCCACGUGGUAAAGGUCUAGGUGGUUCUGGUGCUAUCAACGGUCUUUUCUGGUGUAGAGCUUCUAGCGAUGAGUACAACGCUUGGAACACCCUCAACCCAGACUCACGUAUCGAUUGGGGUUGGGAAGAAAUGCAAAAGUACAUGAAAAAGUCUGAGACACUUCACAAGCCAAGUCAAGAACACAUUGACACCUUCAACAUUAACUUUGAUGAAGAAUACCACGGUACUGAUGGCCCUAUUCAAGUUGGAUGGCCAUACUACAUCUAUGACCCUGUCAAGCACUGGAUUCCUGCUUACGAUUCUCUCGGUAUUAAUAUCCCAGAAGAUGGUGCUUCUGGUAACAACCACGGUCCUGUCAUCACUACUUCCACCAUCAACCCAUCAAACAUGUCACGCUCUGAUCCAAAAGCUGGCUACAUCGACCCUCUCCCUCCACGUCCAAAUCUCACUAUCCUUACUAACCAUCAAGUCACUACUGUCGACUUCAGUGAUGAAAAAGACGCUGAUGGUAACCUCGUCGCAAAUGGUGUCUACUUUGGCAAGACUGAUGGCUCAACUGAUUCAAACGACUACUUCCGUGCAACUGCAAACAAGGAAGUUAUUUUGUCUGGUGGCACUGUCAAUACUCCACAAACCUUGCAACUUUCCGGUAUAGGUCCUGAAGAUCUCCUUCAGCAAUACGACAUUGAAGUAAAGAAUGCUUUACCAGGUGUUGGUCACAACCUUCAAGAUCACGCUGCAACUUCAGUCUAUUUCAACACAAACGUCGCUGAAACGUGGUACGAGCUUAAGGAUGAUCAAACGGCUGCUGUUGAAUUAGAAAAGUGGAGAAAUGACGACGGUAAAUCAAAGUGGUCAUACGUCAACCAAGCUAUCGCUUACCCAGAUGCAAAUGACAUCAUGUCUGACCAACUUGACAACUUUUCAUCAAAUAUCCAAAACAACAUUGAUGAAUACGCUGACUCUGUCAAGAACAUGUACAAUGAAGACGACACUGUUAUUGCUGGUAUGCGUGAACAAUGGAACAUCACCCAUGGUUACCUCGAUAAGGAAGUUGGUCAGCUGGAGAUGUUAAUGACCAUGUUGGGUGGAGGCCCAGGUGAAAUUGGUUUCCAACUUGCUAUCCAACAUCCAUUCAGUCGUGGUGUUAUUGAAAUCCAAUCCAAAGAUCCAUUCACCCACCCUGCCAUUGAUCCAGGCUACUUAACACACUCAGCUGACAUGGAAAUUAUGCGUCAGGGUGUUCGCUUUGCUAUUGAGUUAUCCAAGGCUGGUGAAAUGGGUGACUACAUUACCAAACAAGAGAACUACAACAACAACACAGAUGAGGCUAUUGAUAUGGCUAUCAGAAACGACGCACACACUGAGUACCACCCACUCGGUACGGCUGCUAUGCUUCCACUAAACAAGGGUGGUGUUGUCAACACAUCUCUGAUUGUCUACGGUACUUCAAACCUUAGAGUAGUUGACUCUUCAAUUAUCCCAAUAGAGAUUAGCGCACACUUGAUGGCGACUACUUAUGGUAUUGCUGAGAAGGCAGCUGAUAUCAUCAAGACUCACUACAGUCAAGAUGAUCCGGACGAAAGAAACAAACAAGGUAGCAGCAGCUCAGAGGAAGGCGAUGGCGACAGUGGUGCUAACAAGAAGGGCAUCGCUAUUGGCGUAGUUGUCGGUAUUGUCGGAUUGGCUACUAUUGGUGCCGUCGCAUGGGCUGUCCGCAGGAACAUGAAGAAGCGUGCCUGGGCGCACAGCAUGGCAGUGAGCACCGGAAGGGGGGUAGAAGCAGAAGGAGAAGGGUCACCUACGUGGGGAUACAAGGAGGGAUCUAGUGCGAAUUUGACAGGUGGCGUGGGUGCUGGUGGAUUAGCUGCAGCAGGUGCAGGUGCAGGUGCGGUUGCAGUUACCUCACAAUCAGAUGACACACUCUCCCCGUCUCGUCCCUCCUUUCAUAGCUACGACGGAUUUGACGGCGGCGCAGGCGUAGCUGUCUCGGAUCUCCUCACUAAUGGUCACGGAUACGGUGUCGUACCUCAGCAUGACUUCUCUAGAUCUAUCUCGUCAAUCGAGAGGGCCGAGCAGGCCCAGGCCCAGGCACAAGCCCAGGCACAUACGCACGCCCAGGACGAAUACCAGCAGACUCCAUCGCUCUCUUCCACACAUGACGUGCAUACAACACCGCUGUUUAAGCAGUAG